AUGAGUUCCAAAUUCAUCAUUGAUAGCAUGCUGCCAAAGUACCACCAACAAUUCCAUCAUCAACAAUUGUUCCAAAGUCCUGUAAGCACAUCUUCCAUCGAGGCCAGUCUCGCUUCCGUCGUCAACUACAGCUCCUCCGGGUCGCCUAGUGGUUCUUCUCCUCAACACUCGAACAGCAGCGCUUCUUCGACUUCCCCAGCCUCCAGAAUGUACCCCUACGUGUCAGCCGCUACCGCCGCUGCUCAUCAUCACCACCAGCAGCAGCAGGCCGUAGCUGCAGCUGCGUUUGGUGCUGCAGCAGCUUCAGGGAGCAUGGUCCCCGGGGGCUUUCCCACGGCCAGCACCGCUGCCUUGGCAGCUGCCGCUGCAGUAGACGCUGCCACAGACAAGUCUUGCAGGUACACGGCAGGCCUAACGGGUAACGUGGCCCCUUCGGAUUCGAUGGUGAAUUACACUUUGGGGCACCACCAUCAGAAUGGGGCUGCGGUUUCGGCAGCUAGCUCGGUGAGUGCCGCCUCAGCUUCGAUGGCGGUGGCUGCCCAAUUCUACCACCAAGCAGCCAGUGCCGUGGUCGACCCAUUGAAUUCCUGCUCACAAUCUACGGCUCCCGGCGGACAACCGAUUCCUGAUAUUCCUAGAUAUCCCUGGAUGUCAAUCACAGGUGCAGCUGGCGCAGCUAUGUAG